AUGGUAGUAAAACUGCUGUUUGAAACUGGGAAUGUGAACCUAGAAUCCAGAGAUAAAGCCGACGACGUGACACCACUGUCAUGGGCCGCACGGAGAGGACAUUUGGAUGUGGUAUUCUGGCUCCUUAGGAAUACCCAAGUUGACCCAGACUCAAGGUGUAAGCUGGGACAAACCCCACUUUCCUAUGCUGCACAGCAUGGCCAUGAGAUGGUGGUGAUGGCUCUUCUUAACAACAAAGAUGUGGACCCAGAUUCCCGAUCAAUUGCUGGACGAACACCCUUGUCCUACGCUGCGGAGAAUGGCCAUGAAGUGGUGGUAAAGACGCUGCUCACAUCCAGUCGCGUUGAAUUGAACUCCAAAGACUCCAUCUACGGCCAAACGCCAUUAUGGUGGGCAGUCUGGAAAGGACAUGAGGCGAUAGUGCGACUGCUCCUC